AUGGAAAACUGCAUAAGAUGUCAAGAAGAUGAGUGGUCCAAUGAGAAAAAAAAUAAGUGCAUCAAGAAAACCAUUGACUUUCUGUCUUAUGCUGAACCUCUGGGUUUGAGUUUAGCAAUCUUGGCAAUUCUGUUAUCCAUCACUGCAUCUCUAGUCCUUGGAAUUUUUAUAAAGAACAGACACAGCCAGAUUGUGAAAGCCAACAAUCGAGAACUUAGUUAUACUCUUCUACUAACACUUAUACUAUCCUUCCUUUGCACAUUACUCUUUAUAGGGCAACCCAUGAAGGUGACCUGUAUGUUUAGACAAGUUACUUUUGCAGUCAUAUUUACCACUAGCAUCUCCUCGGUUUUGGGGAAAACUGUAACUGUACUGAUUGCCUUUCAUGCUAUAACACCUGGAAGUAUGUUGAAGAUCUGGGUUGGAAAUAGAGUUCCGAGGUGUCUUGUUCUUCUUUUAUCUCUGGGAGAGGUUAUAAUUUGCAUUAUGUGGUUUCUACAUUGCCCGCCAUUCCCUGAUUAUGAUACCAGAUCCCAACCAUCUGUGAUGACCUUGCAGUGUAAUGAAGGUUCUGCUGUGGCAUUCUACAUUGCAGUAGGGUACAUUGGAAUGCUGGCCUCUGUCAGCUUCAUUACCGCUUAUCUUGCCCGUAGGCUUCCAGACAUAUUUAAUGAAGCGUCACACAUCACCUUUAGCAUGUUGGUGUUCUGCUGUGUGUGGAUCGCUUUCAUCCCAACAUACUUGAGCUCCAAAGGCAAAUACAUGGUGGCAGUAGAGAUAUUUGCUAUUCUUUCUUCCAGCUCUGGGUUGUUGGGAUGUAUAUUUAUACCCAAAUGUUACAUCAUCCUUUUAAAACCUAAAAAAAGUGUCAUGGAGAAAGCAACGUCUAAAAAAAAAUAAACCAAAGUUA